AUGGUGGAGUAUGAGGCCACAGAAGAACCUGCAGCAACUCCCACAACCACUUCUGGAGCAAAUGAAGAGCUAAGGGAGGCCUUUGAAGCUGUAGAGCAGGAGAAGGAGCAAGAAGAAGAAGAUGUCCCUUUAAAAGACAAGAACAAGGAUUUUGAAGAAGAGGAGGAGAUUCCUGCUGUGAUAAUAGCAGAAAGCGUUGCCUUGGCCAAACAACAACAAGAAGCUCAGAGAGUAGAGCCCAUAAGCUCAGAGUUGGCCCUAUUUGAUGAUGUGGAGGCAGAACACUCCACUGCAAUUCCAGGGCCUGUGGAGCAAGCAAAGCAUUCUGUAUCAGAGCCCAUGGAAGAGGCGAAACUUCCUGUUGUAGCUCCAGAACCUGAAGUGGAGGUGGAACAUUCUGUUGCAGUCCUUGUAUAUGAGAACAAAACUGCCGGAACUCUAACUGUGCUAACCAAUUCUAUCAAGCCUUCUAUUGUUGCUAUGCCUAUCCAUUCUCUCCCAGGUUCAUCUACCAUGGCCUCCUUUGCUGAUCCAAAGUUGGCAGAGUUUGAAGCCAUGGAUUUGGAUGCUCAGCUCGACAAACUUGCGAAGCUCAACUCUACUCCUAGUAAAGCUAAAUCCAAGGUAGUGGAUGAGGCUGUGGAUAGAGUGAAAAUCUAG